AUGUGGUCCAUCGCUUCCUGCUUGGCGCUGUGCGUGCUAGCUGGUCUGGCGUCCGGACUCGAUGGCGAAAACGGUAUGAAAUAUGGCGCGGCGCCCAGACCCUACACCGCCGCUCGUGGCACACUCUCCACAGCAGCCUCUAUCGUCACACACUUCGGAAGCCCUGCUAUCGACUGCGCAUGCGGCUACGUCCUCUCCGCACACUCUGAUGCCUACUUCCCCCUCCUCAAGGAGAUAACUUUCGCAUCAAUGCCAGAUAUACCCGGCUCGGAAUUCGACGCUCUCGGACUCGAGGUGGGGAGAUGGUCCAUAGGAUGUAAUUACGAGGGAACGAGGUCAGUGGGAUCGGUGGAUAACGUGUAUGUCAAGAAUGCGGUGCUGGAGCUGCGAGUGCCGGGCGGUCAGAGUGUGGGCGGGUCCAUCAGCGCGGCUGAAGUCUUGCUCAAGGAUACCAUCACCGGGGGUGUCUUUACCAUGGAAGCAAAGCUGGGAGGCAACAAGGGGACCUGUCAAUCUAUCUUGACGUUCCAUACGAAUGACGGCUCCGGCAACAGCGACGAGCAGGACAUCGAGAUCAUCGGCUCCAAGGGGGCAGAUGAUGGCAUGCCGCCCGUUAUCGAGCUUACGAACUGGAAUCCGGCUGGAAAGGACAAUAGCCACCAGAGCAACCCGUUCCCGGCCAAUCCCAUCGACUCCUUUCACAACUACACGAUCGCCUGGCUGCCCAACGCAACCACGUAUCAGUUUGACGGCCAACAACUGAAGGCGCCCGCCAUGUACCGAUCCGUCAACCCAUCAAGGCUGAUCAUGAACAACUGGUCUAAUGGGAGUCCAGGCUUUACCUUGGGUCCCCCCGCAGCUGACAAUCUCAUGCAAGGAGAUCAGCUCACCCAACUCAGUCAGAUCGGUCCGAUUCUUUUACCAAAGCCCUCGGGUACCCGGACUCCCAGUGGGGUGCUCGAUCCAGUCAGCCUGUAG